GACCCUGUUUUGACUGCACUGCCUGAUCUCACUGCGGAGGCCGACGCUGCAAUGACCGAGGGCAUUGAAGACGCUGACCUCAUGCCCGGGGAGAGUGUGAGUUCUGCUCCCACUGCAGAUAUUUUUGAGGGGAAUGGUGUCUCCAGUCCAAAGCAAGUGCCAGCCUUCGUCAGGAACGUGCACCAGAGACUGACAGCCAGCGAGACUCUGGAAGAGAAGCUGCUGAGGGAGUUCCUGAGGGUGACUGAGGCACACCCUGAUGAUGUUGUGGUGACCCUCCUGCGCUGUGCCCCAUCAUGUGACAGAGCUGCUGCCACCAUGUGGAAGACCAUCGCCUCAUCGGCAAGGAUAAUGGAGAAGGUGCUGCCAAAGCUGCUCCGCGUGAUGGAGAACUGGCCACGGCACAGCACGUCCACCUCCGACGGGGACAACACACAUGUCUUUGGCCUGGCUGCAACCAGGGUGAUCUGGGAGAUUCUCCAGAUGCUGCAGUGCCCAGAGCCAGUGAAGAAGUAUUCCCCCCGUCUCCUCGUGGAUCUGCUCUUCCAGAUUUCCAUCCGCACAGAGCAGACACCAGAGGAAGUUGACACCUGGUGGAGGGAAUGCCAGAAGCAAUCCAACCUUCCCACAGACUCCAAGAGGUUUGCAGUGCUGACCACCAAGGCCCUGCUUUGUCAUCUGGAGUGUGAAGCUGUCGUGCUUUCAAUGGAACGGAAGCGCGGCUGGGACACACUCCUCAACUCUGACACCCACCACUAUGCAGUGGGUCUGCUGGCCAGGGAGAUGCGCCGUGCCUCAAGCCCCUUGUAUUACUGGAUUGCCCGCUGCCUGCUGAGGCUGCUCACCAGGGAGAAGCCACGCUGGGAGCUUCCUGCCAUGGCAUUCCUUGUGGAGGUCCUGGACUGCCUGAACACCACUGAAUGGGGUGACACCUUGGUGAAGAUCUUUUCAAGGUGCCUGCAGAGCAAGCGCACAGAGAUGCGUCGCCUGGUGCUCAGAGGCCUCGUGGUGCUGAGCAAGAAUCCUGUGAUGGCUGACGGCAUGCGGACCCUGGCACCAAACCUCGCGGAUGUCCUGUGGGAUACAGACGGAGAGCUGGUCAGGAUGGCCCUCUCUGUACUCGUCAAUGAAAUCCAGGACAGAGACAUUCGAAUCUCCACCCCCACUGCCCUGCAGCUGGCGGAGAUGCUCCAGCCACUCUUUGGCAAUGACAACAUCCAUGUGCAGCUGCUCUCCAUUUACCUCUUCCAAAAGGUGAUGGAGUUGGGAGUGGAGGAGAGUAAACUCCUGAAGACCCACGUGAUCUCCAGCCUGCUCCCACUUUUUUUCCAAUGGCAUAAUGAGAACCGGGACGUGGCAGAA